UGUAAAUGAUGACGUAUGGUGUGUUUGUGUGCGUGGAUGCCGGCGCCGCGAGGGGGUCGCGGUCGUUCGGUCGCGCACGUUGUAUGCAUUUGCCAGUGCUGCGCGAAGAGCGUGUGUAGUUUGUGGUAUUCUUAAGGUGACUCAAACUGUCACGCACGAGACUACACCCGGCCUCAAAAUGUCAAAUCAAGCAUGGGUAACGCUGGCUACAAACGAUUCCUACGGCCUUGGAGCGCUGGUGCUGGCGCACUCAUUGCGUCGAGUCGGUUCGGCCUACCCUGCAGUGGUGCUUAUUACCCCUUCCGUCACCGAGGCUAUGAGAGAGCGACUUCGCGCAUUAUUUGCUGAGGUGGUAGUAGUCAACGUGUUGGAUUCUCAAGAUGCCACCCACCUCGCACUGCUGCAGCGGCCAGAACUAGGCAUCACCUUUACAAAGAUCCACUGCUGGAAUCUCACGCAAUACGAGAAAGGUGUCUUCCUUGAUGCUGAUACUCUGGUCGUCCAAAAUUGCGAUGAACUGUUCGAGCGUGAAGAACUAUCUGCUGCUCCCGACGUCGGCUGGCCCGACUGCUUCAAUUCUGGUGUUUUUGUGUUCAAACCAUCCGCCGAAACUUUUAGCAACCUUAUCACAUUUGCAUCUGAACGAGGCAGCUUUGAUGGUGGUGAUCAAGGUCUUCUCAACUCUUAUUUCUCGGAUUGGGCACACGGUGACAUCAAAAAACAUCUGCCAUUCCUUUACAAUGUCACAUCGGCCGCAUUCUACUCAUAUUUACCCGCCUUGAAACACUUCGGCCAAAAUUUAAAGAUAAUCCACUUUAUUGGAGCCGUCAAGCCGUGGCUACAGCAAUUUAAUUGGGCAUCUCGAUCCGUUGAAGCGCCAGAACAUUUGCGUGAUUUCUUGCAACUCUGGUGGGAUCUCUUCGUUGCACAAGUUCACGCACAGCUAGAUACAAAUAUGGAUAAUAUAGAAGACGACUCAUCAGCAGUACAUGAACAAGAAGUACCCGAAUUUAGAGAACCAGUUUUGCAUAACAUUUAUUAUGAACCCAUACUAGAUCCAAAUUCUGAAUUUCCAUGGCAUCAUCCGGAUAAUCAAAUUUUAGAUUCUGAAAUAAAUGUACCAGAAUUUGAUCUAAAGCAAUUUCACGAUCCGUGGAAUAUUUACAGAGGAAACAUUCCGCCUAGUACAGAACAAUCUAAUCCAACAGAACAAACAAUAGAUGAUUAUCAGGAUAUGAGAAAAUAUGCAUGGGAUUACAUGCCACCACAACAAGAGCAGCGCGAUUUUCAUAGUAGUUACGAACAAACGUCCCAGGAUCAUUGCCAACACGUACACGAGCACAACGAAACAAACAGUCAUCACUCUGAACAUGAACACCAAUCACACUUUUCCUCAUUUCAUUCUGAAUCUCAUAAUUUUCGUCAGCAUUCAGAACAUUAUAACAAUAAUAAUUCUCAGCAACAAUUACAAGAUACACAAAUUAAUACAUUACAUAACUACGUCGAGCAUCAACAAAUUAACAACCAAGAGCCACAUACUUAUCAUGAUCAUCACUACACUUACACUAAUCGGUUAGAAAGUAAUAAAAGUAAUUUAAAUGUACAGACUGUUGAAUCUCAAAAUAAUAAUCAUGUCUCGAAUAUGUCUUAUAAUAUCCACGAUAAAGAAGGAUCUAAACAACAUAAAAAGAGAGAUUGGACCUUUCCUUCUCAGUAUGGACAGCAAAACAAAACGGAACAAGUAUAUACCGUGAUGAUGGAUCACGUCAGAUUGCGAUGUCAACAUACAUCAAAAACAAAAGUUAAUGGAUAUGACUCCGAUAGCGAUAGUGAUGUUUAUGAGGAACUAAGACCUAGGCACCCAUACGAUGGCUUUUACUUAAGGCACAGAAUGACUAUAGACGCACGUGGGCGUAAGGUCUGCAUCCAUGAAAUACCAUUUAUUCCACGUUCGCCGACACCAGAGAGUUCAGAAGAAUUUGAAGAUGCUAUAGAAACAAUCUUAGAGGAUAUUAACGAUAAGACAAUAAAUAACGAAGAGAUUCAAACCGGCGUUGCAGCUAACCUGGCACGUGUAGUUCCCGGCGCACCGUUACAACAAGACGCCGCAGACGAACUAGCGAGGCGACAAGGUUGGGAGGCUGGAAACAUAGAUUACAUGGGAGCAGACUCUUUCGAUAAUAUAUGGGCGAAAAUAUCUCAAACUCUCAAUCAACCAGCUUCUCAAUCCGAGCAAUCAUCAGAACCGCAACCUAAACCUGUUGAAGAGACGGUAGCUGUGGCAGCAGUCGAAGCUGUUUCAGAAAAGCAAACAUUAUUACCUGCACUAGAGAAGGAAGUUACAGCUUCUGCUGCAAAAAUUGAGACUGAAGUUCCUAAAUCUACAGAGUCUGGACUAGUGGCAUCUGUUCCUGUAGAAGUUCCUACAUCGACCAAAGAAUCGAAACCAGUCGAAAUUCCAGUUCCAGCAGACGAAGCUAAACCGUCAGGUAAAAUAGAAGAACCAAUUCCCGUUCCGGUUGAGAUGGCAGCAGAAGUUCCUGAAAUAGUGGAUGUUGUUGCCCCUGUAGAAUCCUCAAGUCCUAUUGUUGUAACAGAACAAUCUGAGCAAUCUGGUAUACCAGUUGCCGCCUUAGAAGCGUUAAAAAUCGAUGAACCACUCCCAGAAGCUCUUCUACCGGUAACAGUUGCAGAACAACCGCCGGUACCAGAGCCAAUUCCAGAAGCUCCCCUACCGGUAACAGUUGUAGAACAACCGCCGGUACCAGAGCCAACUCCAGAAGCUCCCCUACCGGUAACAGUUGUAGAACAACCGCCGGUACCGGAGCCAACUCCAGAAGCUCCCCUACCGGUAACAGUUGUAGAACAACCGCCGGUAGCAGAGCCAACUCCAGAAGCUCCUCUGCCGGUAAAAGUUGUAGAACAAGCGCCGGUACCAGAGCCAACUCCAGAAGCUCCUCUGCCGGUAACAGUUGUAGAACAAGCGCCGGUACCAGAGCCAACUCCAGAAGCUCCUCUGCCGGUAACAGUUGUAGAACAAGCGCCGGUACCAGAGCCAACUCCAGAAGCUCCUGCACCCAUACCAGAGGCAGCUGAAUUAAUACCCGAAACACCAGCAUCAAAAGCCGAGGCUGACUCUGACAGUCCACCAUUAGCUAAUACACCAUCCAAGGAAGAAAUUCCUGAGGCACCAAUUGCCAAAUCGGAGGAGCGUCGCAAGCCGGUGGGCAAGUUGCAGCUGCGGCCGCCCGUAGCGACGGACCCGCUGCCCACACCCGACAGCGAGCUGGAGGACGCCGCCACGCUCGCGCACGCCAUCAUCGCCGGCGAGCUGCGCACGCCCACCGUCACCGCGCCCUCGCCGCCCGCACACUCCCACGCCGCCCCCGCCGAUCCCGCCGAACAACUCUCUCGCCUGUCCGUCCAGGAGCCCGAGGUGCCCACCCCACCCGUCGGCUCGGUCGCUCUCUCGCAGAUCGGCGUCAAGCCCAAGCCCUCAACUGCUGCCCAGAUCGAGUCAUCGGUCUCUGCGAAGACUGAGGCCGCUCCGAAACCGGCCGAGGCGUCCGACGCGCCCAAGAAGAAGGUAGUCAAGAAGGUGCUCAAGAAGGACAAAGAGGGCGCGUCGAAUGCGGAGGCGCCGGUGCCGCCGCCGCGCAAGAAGGAAAAGAAACCCAAAGAGAAAUGAGCGCCCGCCCCUCGCUCCCGAUAGUUCCUCUGUGCCAUAAUUGUAGCCUCACCUCUAUGUUACUAUUUAAUUUAAAUUUGCUUUCGUAUACGUGUAAUCGUUUUAUAUUUUAUAUUUGAUAAUGAAUAAUACUUAAUAAUAAUACUCGCAACUGCACGUCCGUUAUUGAAUUAAAAUGAUGUAUCUACGAUUUGUAAUUUUUAUUACAUAUAUUAUGUUGAUGUUUUUGGUUUUUAAGAUUUGAUAUAAUAUAAUAAUUACCAAAGCAUGACACAUAUUUAUUAAAACAAAGUGUUAUAUAUUAUAUAUAAUAUUUGUAUUAAAGUAUAUUUUCAAACGA